AUGAAUUAUAUUCCAAUCGUUAAACUAACAGGAACUCUACUGAAAGCUAUGAAGUUUAAAUCAUUCGCUGGAUCAAAAAACACAUCUGUUAAUAACCAUCCACACGAAAAGUGUUUUUCAUCAUCAUCAUCAUCAUCAUCAUCAUCAUCAUCAUCAUCAUCAUCAUCAUCAUCAUCAUCAUCAUCAUCAUCAUCAUCAUCAUCAUCAUCAUCAUCAUCAUCAUCAUCAUCAUCAUCAUCAUCAUCAUCAUCAUCAUCAUCAUCAUCAUCAUCAUCAUCAUCAUCAUCAUCAUCAUCAUCAUCAUCAUCAUCAUCAUCAUCAUCAUCAUCAUCAUCAUCAUCAUCAUCAUCAUCAUCAUCAUCAUCAUCAUCAUCAUCAUCAUCAUCAUCAUCAUCAUCAUCAUCAUCAUCAUCAUCAUCAUCAUCAUCAUCAUCAUCAUCAUCAUCAUCAUCAUCAUCAUCAUCAUCACAUUGA